GCCUAUUCAAAAAGAAUUUGGUACUUCUACAAGCUGGUUCAACUCACAACAGCUGUUCGAUCAAAAGCAAUUGAUGAAAGAUUUUUAUAAACAUUAAUUAGAAUCCUAUUGUUUCAAGACCAACAUCUAGGUACUAAAAUCAAGUUUUUAUUCAAUCGGUAGUAGCCUAAGCAGUCAACGAAUUAAAAAUGAAGAUUUAUUUAUUGUAAGUUCUUCUUAUUACAUAGAAUAUACAUAGAGAUAGUACAGCUUGUGUAAUUAUGUCGUCAAAACAGAUUGACAACAUGGAUUGCAAGAUCUAUGUGGGAAACUUGAAUUAUUCAACAACCCGGGAUGAUUUGGAGGACGUUUUCCUCUAUUACGGACCAAUCAGGAACGUGUGGGUGGCUCGGAACCCACCUGGAUUUGCAUUUGUGGAGUUUGAAGAUAAAAGGGACGCUCAAGAUGCGGCCCACAAGUCGGAUGGAAAGGUUAUACGUGGGCAUAGGGUGCGAGUAGAAAGGGCCCGUGUUAUGCCCAGGUCCCGGAUCAGUGGAUAUCCUAGUUUGAUAUCAUCCGACCGCUGUUUUAAUUGUGAUAAACGCGGUCACUACGCAAGGAACUGUCCCAGAGGUCCUCAGCUGAGACGAGCUUCCUAUGAAGAGCGGGGACGCCGAAGGUCGUCCAGAGACAGGAGGUCACGGUCAAGGUCGUCCAGGGAGAGGAGGUCAAGGUCGCCCAGGGAAAGAAGGUCAAGGUCGCCCAGGGAGAGGAGGUCAAGGUCAUCCAGGGACAGGAGGUCAAGGUCCCGAUCUGAGAGGAGCAGGAGUGAAUCUAGGUCACGCUCUCGGUCUACAAGUAAAUAGGAUGUAAUUUGUUAAUUAUUUGAUACCCACGUCACUUGUACUAAAUAACAAUAUAUGUUACAAUUCAGAAAAAAUUGUAUUUUUUAUUUCAAUAAACUACGGUAGCUUAACUCUAUAUAGUUGGGUACCUAAUCAGCUCAA